UCCUACCUCUCAGUCCUACCUCUUAGUUCUAUCUCUCAGUUCUUCCUCCAAGUUCUACCUCUCAGUUCUACCUCCAAGUCCUACUUCUCGUUCCUACCUCUUAGUUCUACCUCUCAGUCCUACCUCCCAGUCGAACCUCUCAGUCGUACCUCCCAGUCCUUCCUUCCAGUUCUAACUCUCCUUCCUAAUUCUCCUUCCUACCUAUCCUUCCAACCUCCCAGACAUACCUCUAAGUCCUAUCUCCCAGUCCUACCUCUCAGUCUUACCUCCAAGUCCCACAUCUCAGUCCUACCUCCCAGCCCUACCUCUCAGUUCUACCUCCAGGUCCUACACGUGCACCUCUCAGUCCUACCUCUUAGUUCUAUCUCUCAGUUCUACCUCCGAGUCAUACCUCUCCGUCCUACCUCUCCGUCCUACCUCUCAGUCCUACUCCCCUCCCUACUCCUCAGUCCUACCUCCAAGUUCUACCUGUCAGUCCUACCUCCUAGUCCAACCUCACAGUCCUACCUCCAAGCAUACCUCUCAGUCCUAUCACCCGGUCCUACCACUCAGUCCUACCUCCCAGUCCUACCUCUCAUUCCUACCUACCAGUCCUACCUCUCAGUCCUACCUCUUAGUUCUAUCUCCCAGUUCUACCUCCAAGUUCUACCUCUCAUUCCUACCUCCGUGUCAUACCUCUCCGUCCUACCUACCAGUCCUACCUCUCAGUCCUACCUCUCAGUUCUACCUCCAAGUCCUACCUCUCAUUCCUACCUCCUUGUCAUACAUCUCCGUCCUAGCUACCAGUCCUACCUCUCAGUCCUACUCCCCUCCCUACUCCUCAGUCCUACCUCCAAAUCCUACCUCUGA